GUCGCGCAUACGCGUGCGGAAGAGCCUUCCUCUCCACAAUAUCUAUUCGCGACCAACAUGGCCGUCGAACCAUUCCUCGGGACAAGAGCCCAGAAGUCGUUUGUUGCCACCAGUAUCUUAAAUGCCAUUAUCGUGCUCACGAUGGUCGCGAUACCUUUCGGCUUCGUCGAGGCCAACGUUGAUACCAGUUCAAGAUCCAGUUACAAGACAAUUCCUUGCUAUUUGGCUUUGUUCGGACUCGCAGAAAUUUUCGAGCUACUCAUGGCUUUGGAUGCCUUGAAGCUUCGUAACAUUAUCCAGCUGGUUGGAAUUCUCGCAUUUCACGUCGCACUGAUCGUAUUCUCUGCACUGCAAGUGCAUGAAGCCCGGGAUGCCCUUGUCUUUAGUACCGAAAUUCCGUGCAUCACCUUCGUUGGAUGUGAUGGGCCACACACUCUCUGGCGACGUGUUGAGCCCUUCUUGAUUGUUGUUCCUUGUAUACUCUCCUUGAGUUGGCUUGUCAUGCUUUUCCAUGUACGAGAGCUCUUCUCUGAGUUUGGCUGGGCAGUGUUCCAAGUCGUCGGCGCCAACCCCGUGAUGAAAACUAUGUACCAGUGGUACCAGAUCUUGAUUUGUUUACUCAAAUUCGACUUCUUUUGUUUCACUGGAGUAACGAUGCAGAUGCUCAUUAUCGUCCUACCGUCGGACUCUGCAGAGUUUGGUUUAACAAUCGCCGCUAUUCCAAUCGUCUUAGUGCUGUUAGUAAUCUGUGGUAUUGCUGUGAAACGGGAAAUAAAGUGGAUUAUGACAAUAUCGCUUAUUCUUAUGUUGGCUGCGGAAACCUAUUUUAUUUACAAGCUAGUCCGGUUCUUCUCACCCGUCUCAGAGGCCGAAUACGAAACGACUCGGGCAACUCUCACCGUAUUCACCAUCGUUGCAUUCUUGUUGCUAUUUGCAACUUUCGCCGUUGGUCUCCGGUGUUUUUCCGACUUUGACAAAGGUCUUGCAGAUGCAAAGAUGCACGAUGUACCUGAAAAAGUAACCUAUUCGACUCCCAAUACUCCAGGCGUAGGCGAGCGACAAAGCUCGUACUACGGUGGAGUUCCGCUGCAACCGAGGCUCUCAAUAGAGUAACGGGGUCGAACUGUUAUGAUUCGCUGGGUGUACCGUUCUUCGUCUUACAUAUGUUUGUCACGCAUUUCAAUUUCAAUUUUCACUUCAACGGAUGUCGCCAUGUUUUCACGACUUAUUUAUCUUACUUCUCAAACUAUUUGUGAUAGGAGGUAUCUGGGAUGUUUGGUUGUAAAAUCGGACCAGAAUUGUUCUGUAUUUAACUUAACGAGAAUUUG